UGGUGCUUCGUGAUCAGAAAACAUGGCGAAAAUUGGGAAUGGUACUUUCGUUUGGACGGGAGAAGUGUUAUCUUUGAUGAAGUGAUCGAUUUGCGGUGGAAACAGGUACAUUUUAGUCUUUUUCUUUAAUUUGAUCCACCAGAAGGCAAGUGUUUGGGGACAGAUUGUUGACUAUUUUGUGCGGGUGUUUAAAGUCUUAGGCAUUUGUCAGUCUUGACACCUCACUACCUGAGGCCGUCGACGAAAGUUACUUUCGAAGUCUCUUGUGUAGAGGCUCUUGAACCACUGUGUUUUAUUCAUGUUUCAAACUAUGAAAUAGACUGGGUGAAUGUAAUUAAAUCGGUACACUCAACCACAAAUUCAAAGUUAUUGUGGGGUUACACUUGCCAUUUAAGUUCAAAAUCAUCUCGACCUAAAUUGGUCCUCUAAGCAAAAAGAGAGCUACUCUAUGCUUUAAAAUUUUACAUUACAUUAGUUCUCUUGCGUACUUGAUGAUCAGUUUAGUGAUAAUUGUAUUUGGUACCUGACCAAUGCUAAAUAUUUACUCAUAUUUGUGUUCAAUACAUCACCACUGUCGAGGUUUUCUUAAACCCCUAUACCCCUAAGAGUGACUUGCAUCCAAUUCCUAACUCCAACUAAAGAUGCUCUUGAUUGUUAAACAAGUUCUCCUUGACAGCUAGUUAAAAAAAGUGUAGAGAACAGUAUGGAGAAUAUGCAUACUGAUGUUAGGGUGUGAAGGGUUAAAUACCUCUUUGUAGCCUCAUUUUCCUGGUCCUAGCUGUAAGUCCAAGCAUCAAAACAUAUAUGUCAGCAUAUGUCUCUGUGUUUUAAGUGGAGUAAAGCAGGCCUUUUCAUUUUAUAGUAUUAACGUUUAGAAGACCUCUUCAGAACUCAAGAUGACCUCACUGGCUACUGCGCUUCCUCCUAUCAAAGUUGGUGGCCAGGUCACUCAGCAGGUCAUUCGACAUGUCCCAUCUCCACCAGCCAAAGGUUCCUCUUUAGGAAGUCCAUUACGAAGUAGCAGAGGAAUACAAAGACCAGAAGGCUCCUUUGUAAGGAGUCCUCCUUCUGAUCUGAAGAAAACAGCUAGUUAUGAAAAGAUUGACACUUCGAGGUAUGUAAAUACAUGUGUGGGAGUUACCAGUCAUGAGAGAUAUUUGUAUUGAUUUAGAACACAAGAGUAGUAACUUGCUGAGAGACUGAUAUAUGCUUCUGUUGACUGUAUUAAUCAUAAAUCUUUGUUGUGGCAGGUAUCGGAAUACCUAUGAGCACAAUCUUUGCCUUGACAUGUUGAAAGAAGGUUUCCAUCAGUCAUUUCAAGAGCUGUUUAAUUUGAUGGAGAAACAGAAACAAGAUAUAAAAAGUUUAGGAGCAGACUCUGGUCUGUCCGAUCAACCUUUGUUAGAAGAUCAACCAGAGAAACUCGACCAACUGAAAUAUCAUCUAACAACAGCAGAGGCAGCAAAGAGAAGGGGUGAGUUACAAAUAUGUGAUGUGCCGAUAUCCACCAUUGGUAUAGAUAUCAUGAGGAUAUGAAAUUAACUAUUGUUUGUUUUUCUCCCUUUAAUUUUUAGGCAAGAUGGACCAAGUUUAUCACAGCUUGCUGGCCCUGGCGAGAUUCUUUGAAGAGACUGGUGACUUUUGGCUUUCAGAUCACUUUUAUGGCUCUUGUUUGAAGACAAGUCUGAAGAUUAGAGGAGAUGGAAGAAGGAAGGAAUCAGAGGCUAACUGCAACAUGGGAUUGGCCUCUGAGAAAAGAGGUAAAAUUGUUGAUCAAAAGACAGGGUCCAACAACAUCUGAUGGUUCAAUCAAUUCUUUUUAUGGUUUCCCUGUCUUAAAGCAUACGAAAUAUGUUAUUUCAAAAAAUAUAUUAAAAUUAUAAAAAUAUAUUAAGUUUUGCAAACAAAGACAAGCUAGAUUUUGUACAAUAAUGCUGUUAGUGGUAACUUAUUCAUGAUUUUUUAUUUACAGGGGACUUGUUCAAAGCAGCAGAGUAUUUAGAAUCAUUUUACAACUUGACUAAAGGGCGACUGUGGCAGACAGAUGAUGGAGAAAAUCUACAUUCACUCUCUUGUGGACACCUUAGGAGAGUGUAUACAACCAUGGCAGAUGAGGUAAAGUGCAAAGAAUAUCAUAGGCUGGAAAAUUUGACUUGGAUCUCUGAUAUUAAACCAGAAGUGAAUAUAGAUCUACUAUGUAACGUGUUCUAUUUAUUUCCAAUCUGUGAUUUUUCUUUCAAUUUUCAUAGGUUAAAGAGGUUGACUUGAUGAAGUCAAUAGAAUAUCUCCUGAAAGCAUAUGGAAUGGCAAAAGAAAGUAAGUCUGAAAAUUCCAGGAGCAUUCUAUAUAUUUUAAUGCCCAUUUAAUGAUAUAUUUUGAUGCCCAUAAUAAUAUUUUUUUUAGGCAGAUAAAUGAUCUUGCAAUUUCCAUUUCCAUCUGUAAAAUCAAACAAACAAACUUCUAUGAUUCUGGCUUUGUGAUAGGUGGUGAUAGUCAACAAGAAGGUUUGGCUGGCUAUCGCUUGGGAAGUGCUUAUGAGGAGAUUGGAGAUGCUGAAACAGCCAUUCUGGUAAGAAAUAAGAGAGGUUUCAUCAGUAAGAAAUUUUGUCUUGUUUAUUUCUUUUUGUUAAAGCCAACUUUAAUGGUGUAACUGGCAACUCAGUUUACAGAUAGCUGAUUAUCAUGCUUGAUACAUUUUUUAGUAUCAUAAUGGGUACUUGGAGAAAUGCCAGCAGAACACAGAUGAUGUUGGAAUGGGGAGAGCUUGUCAGGCCUUAGCAAGAGCUUAUGAGUUGUAAGUUCUUUUAUUUUGUCUAAUAAUUUUCCAAAACAUGUACUAGCAAGGUAGCAGAUAUACAAUUUGGCAAAUGUUUGCUAUUAAAUAAACCAUCACUUAAAAAAGUUUCAACCUGAAUUUUUUAUUUGUUUAAGUUAAGUUUUUGGGUGUGUGUAAGCAAGGGUAUAAUUGAUUCCUUUCACAGGCAAGGAGAUGUGGAAAGUGCUAUGAAGUAUCUCGAGAUGUUUGUUGAGUUGGCUGAUCGAUCUCAGCAAUUACCAGAACAACAGAGAGCUUGUACAAGUCUUGGUUCUAUUUAUAACUCCCUGGUAAGACAAGAGACCUGUGCAUGGCACAUUUGAACUUUAUUAUUCAUUCAAUAUCCUUUAUUUUCUUUAGCUAUUCCAAAGUUGAACAAAUAGUUUUUUUGAGCCUUAUACAUGAACUGAGCUGCUAGCUAGCCUUAUCCAUCUAUUGCUAUUUGUGAGGUGUGAUUGGAAGGAAACCAGCCAAUAUUCAGCAGCCACAGAUAUAGCAUCAUGAUUUUCUGACAAAAGCUCUCUUUAUUUCCUUUAUUCAGGGAAAGUAUGAAGAUGCUGUGCGCAUGUACAGGAGAGGCUUUGAGAUAGCUCAGGAUCUGGCUGCAGUUGUAACCACUGAAACAACAAGAGUGGAAUAUGGAGUUGCUUUGGCACACACUCUUCUUGCAGGCUACUCUCAAUGUAUGGAUCAGGUUAGCAAGAGUAAUAUACAAAGACUGCUUGACUUUAAGAGCUCAAGAUGGGACACUUUCUCAGAAGAAGCAACUCUUGGUGAUGAAGAGGGUGAAGAGAAUGAAGGAAGUCAGCCAAGCAGUGUUGUGGGUACAGGAGAAAGUGAGGACUCAGUUGAGGGGGAGGGUGACAAGGAAACUAGAACUACUGACCCUACUGCCGAAGGAGAAACCAAGGAUGUGCAAAUGAAUGGUGGAUCAGAUUCAGGGGUGACAAGUGAAGGAGAGAAUGGGAAAGAUGACCAUCUUGAAAGUCAACCAACAGAGUAAAGUAUUUGCAAAAGAACAUUGAAACAAAAAAAGAUAAAUGUAUACAUGACUUGUGAGAUAUAAUUCAUUCAAACUGAGUGUGAGCAGAACAAGGGUCCACUGGGAGUCACACCAGAUUUUGCUGAAGAAUGGGUCAGUGUACUCCAGUCAGUAACCUUUGGCAAAGUGAUCCUAUUUUCUUACAAAUGAACAAAGAUUCCCUUUUGAUGUGACUAAUUUGCCAGACCAUCUAAUCUUUAAACAGAGUGUUAUGAGAAUGGCAGGCUGCUUAUUUAUUUCUCGUCACAAUUCACCAUUCCUCUGUUAAAUUGAAGGGUUUGUUACCAGUGACUGUUUUUUUUUUUUUUUAGGUAUUAAGAUACAGAAAGUUUACAUUUUACAUAAUGUGCUUGGCAUGCACUACACAAUCGACUAUUUCUACAUUGUACAUAUGAGUAUCAUUGUAAAAAUGUAAAUUAAAUCUCCCUUUGUGUGUGGUGGUAGUAGUUGUGCUUUUACUUCUAGUAUCAAAUCAUAAAAACUUCUUGCAGUAAUAAAAAAUUAUGGGGUGCCAAACCAGUCAAUAUUCCCUCAGUCUGUAUUUCUGUGACCUAGUCUACUUUUUACAUGGUCAAUUCAACUUUUUACUUUUUAUAUGGUCAACUAGAGUUUUUAUGUGGUCAACUUUUUACUUUUAAUAAGAUCAAUUUUUACUUUUCAUAUGGUCAACUUUUUACUUUUUACAUGGUAAAGUUGACUUUUUUACAUGGUCAACUUCUUUCAUAUGGUCAAAUUUUUACUUUUUUAUGGUCAACUUUAUACUUUUUAUAUUGGUCAGUGUAAAAUGUAGACUUCAGACUUUAGACUAAUAAAGUGCAGACUGAGGGUAAAAUGCAGACUAAAAGCAUCUACUGUUUAUGACUGUGGUCUUGACCUGAUUGUGAAGCGCAAGAGCAAAGUGUUGAAUGUCUUGAAGCUUCUGAUACAGAGCACCAAUUCCAAGAUCAUGCCUACCUUCAUAGUAGGUGAAGUCAAGGUGAAAAAAAGUAAAAAGUGAUCUUAUUAAAAGUAAAAGGUUGACUGCAUAAAAACUCUAGUUGACCAUAUGAAAGGUAAAAAGUUGAAUGUAUAAAAAGUGAACA